AUGGCCUGGCUUUGCAUAGCUCCAUUGCUGACCUUCUUCCUCCUUCAAUCCCAAUUCUCUGUAUCUGUAUCUGUCUCCGUAUCCCUAUACAACCAUAGCUGUUCCUCCGUCCUCCCGUUGCCGGACUCCGUCGCCGGCGCCACUUUCCACCGCCUGAACCAAAACAUCUCCCUACCCACCGACUACUUCUACUUCACCGGAGGCGACAAACUUCUCCGGCCAAACCGUACAUCUUCCGAUUAUUCCUACUUACAGUUCGCCAAAUCCCUAAAAUUUCCACUCAAUAAUCCAUACAUCUACGAAACCACCAUCCAUGGCGUCUACCAACUCCGAGCCUCGCUCUACAUCCGGUCACCGUACCACCGCUACUACAACUCGUCUUCUUACACUUCCAGCGGCCGGAGCCGGAGAGCUCAUUGGUACCCCACUGUCAGAGCUUUCUUGAGCGGUUUUUGGUCGGAACAUUCCAGAAAGCUCUGUAUGGUCGGGUCUGCCACGUGGCAAUACGACGUCGCUAGAGGAAGAAAUCUCGACGUCGUUCUCAAGCUCAGCUACGCCGCCGUAGACGCUCCGACCAUGCCGGAAAGCGUCGUCGCCGGAACUUUCGAAAGCACCUCCGACGACGACGAUCCGCUAGCGAAUUUCGAUCCCAUUUCCAUUUUUAGCUUUCCUCGUCUUCCCAACUACCAAUACUCGCUCGUUACAGAGGAAUUCGUCAAUGGAGGACCGUCGUUUUCGAACCAGUCGCUUAGCCUGCCGCCGGUGAGAUUUUGCUCCACCUCCGGCGGGCUUACUCAGCUCCAACUGUGGUAUCCGUUCGACUGCAACGUAUCCGCCAUUAACGGCUGCUCUCCUCUAGGCCCCAACGCCACUUCCUUCCCUCUCUUCGUCUCCUUAAACACGAUCCAGUGCUCGGAGAUCGAUCGGAAAAUCAGGUACAUGAUAACCUUCCAAAAUGGCAGCUACCAAGAACUGUACCAAACAAGUUUCGAUCUAAGAUCGACGUGGAUUGGGGAGGGAUCGUGGGAUGAAAUCGAAAACCAGGUGUUCAUCGUUGCUUGUCGAAUCUUGGAUCCUACAAACCAUUUCGGUGAGGCUGUCGGGGAUUGUUCGAUGAGAUUAAGAUUGCGAUAUGCAUCCACGUGGAACAUCCGAAACGUCGCCCAAAUCGUCGGCCAAAUUUGGACUAACAAAACGGUCAACGAUUCCGAUCACUACUUCAGAAAGAUUGAGCUCACAAGCGUCGCCAACAAUGGCGUACCGUUUCGAUAUUCUCAAGGUUUGCGAUACGAAUACACAGAAACAGAUCGAGUUCGAAAGACAUGUGUAGCUCAAAAGAACAAGAACAAUAACAAGAUUAAGUAUCCUAACAAGAAUUCUCACGAUAUGAGAUUCGACAUGAACAUAAAGAACUCCAAAGGACAAUACUGUGGUUGGGGAGGAGCCAUUCCUAUUUCGAUCGGGAACCAAUUAUACGGCUCCAACUACGCAUUCGUUCGAUCCAAAUCCCUUCCGAAUAACACAACCUCGACGAUCAGCUACAAAAUAAACAUCCAAAAGCGAAUCCCCACGAAGAACUUGUCGACAAAUCCUCGCAGCGAAUGGGAAGAGAUCAUAGCCGAGGGAGUGUACGACGACGAAACAGGGCACCUCUGUAUGAUCGGGUGUCGCGAGCUGCCUCGAAAUCCUCAUCUCCCGAUCACGGCCAACUCUUCAAAAGAUUGCGAGAUUCUUCUCGACAUAAAAUUCCCAUCGAUUACCGACACAAGGGGGGGCCUAAUCAAGGGGAAAAUCCGAAGCACGCGUCCGAAACAAGAUCCUCUGUUCUUCGACGAUCUAACCUUGUCGUCGUCUGCAUAUUACCUUUCUGCGGCGAGGAAAUCCGUAUCGAGGAUGGAGGUCGAGAUCGGCAUGGUCUUGGCUUGCAACACGCUCUUAUGCAUCUUCGUCGCGAUGCAACUCUUACAUAUAAAAAAAAAUACGACCAACGCUUGCUCGGGGAUAUCGAUCGCCAUGCUCGCGAUCCUCUCGUUAGGACAACUCACCCCUCUCGUCCUAAACUUCGAAGCCGUCUUCUUCCAAACCAACCACCGGCAAAGACUCUGGGGAUCACUCGAAACGAACGAAGUCGCGAUCCGAGCGAUAUCGAUGCUCGCAUUCCUGCUGCAAAUACGCCUCCUCCAAUUAGUUUGGACCGCCAAGGCUAACGAAAGCGCGGAUUCGUGGCUCAUCGAGCGAAAGUCUAUCCUCGCAUUGCUAUCGACGUAUGCGUUCGGCGCGUUCGCCACCGUAAUAUACGUAAUGAGCCAAAGUAGGCACGCUGUCGGUUAUUACGGCCGCCAUGGCCUACGAUCCUACGGCGGGUUGAUUCUUGACGGAUUUCUUCUCCCGCAAGUGUUGCUCAAUGCCGUGGGGGGCCGGGCAGCGGGGGAGAUGCUGUCGCCGUCGUUCUACGCGGGGAUCACGGUGGUCCGGCUGGUGCCGCACGCUUACGACGUGUACAGAGCUCACAGCUACCCGGUUUCCGGCGCCGGAGGUUCUUACUACUUUGCGAAUCCGGCGGGGGAUUUUUACUCGACGGGGUGGGAUGUUGUGAUUCCUUGCGGGAUGAUUUUAAUGGCCGCCGGUGUGUUUAUGCAGCAGCGCUACGGCGGGCGGUGCAUUCUGCCGGUGAGAUUUAGGGGAGUGUACGAGAAGGUAGCGCCGGCGGCUGAGGAUGAAACGCAGCCUCAACCUCAAGUUCAUACUCAGACUGAUGCUUCUGCUGCUACGGGAGGAGGAUGA